AUGCUGUGUCCCGAUACAGCGCAUCUGCUGCUCGGCAACUUCUGCAUCUACCACAUCGACGCGCCGGGGCACGAGGCGGGCGCGGAGGAGAUCUCUCCGCUGCAGGCGCAGCUCACGGCGAGCGACCUGGCGGAGCAGGUGGCGGAGGUGAUGGCGUGGUUCCGCCUGCCGCCCGCCGUGUGCAUUGGCGUCGGCGCGGGCGCGUACGUCCUCACGCUGCUCGCGCUAGAGCGCCCCCACGCGGUGCAGUCGCUGGUGCUGGUUUCACCCGUGUGCCGGGCGGCGUCGUGGGGCGAGUGGGCGCGCAGCAAGGUGCUGCUGGGAGUGCUGUGCGUGGCGGGCAUGAGCAAGUACGUCAAGGACGCGCUCGUGCACCGGUACUUCUGCCACCAGCAGACCGGCUUCCACGGCCCCGCCUCCGACUCCAUCCUCAUGUUCCGCCAGGAGUUGGACAACAGGGAGCCAGAGAACGUCAUGCGAUACCUCGACAUCAUUCACAGUCGCAUCGACCUCACGCCCUUCCUGCUGCACCUCAGCUGCCCUGUGCUGCUGGUAGCAGGCGAGAUGUCCGAGGCUUCAAUGCAAGAAGCCGCACACAUGAUGUGCCACCUUGACCCCAUGACCACACCAGAGGAACUUUCUAUGGCAGCGCUGGGGGUCAAACUCAAGCCUAUUCGAACCCGUGGUAGUUCCCCUUCCACCACCACCACCAUCAGUAGUGUUGCAGUCAGCAACGGCGCCACUUAUCUUCCUAUGCCUUCUUCGGCUACAUGGCACAUGGCCCGCACUGGCUUAGUUCUUUGA